AUGUCUGGUGUUCGGAACCUCUCAGCGGCUCUCCGCCGAGCUCGAGUACCUCGCCCUCGUAUCGUUGCUCGUCCCAUCCUCCCCCAAGCAGCAUGUGCGACCGCCUUGCGUAGCUUCACCACAAGCUCCACCACCCGAGGAGACAACAAGCAGAUCAAGUACACCAGCGACGCAUACCCCAAUGUUAAGCGUGACCCCAAGUUCGCCGAGAUCUCUGCAGACGAUGUCGCAUUCUUCAAGGAGCUUCUGGGCUCCGAGUCCGCUGUCAUUGACGGCGUCACCACCGAUGCGACAGACGACCUCGAACCCUUCAAUAGCGACUGGAUGCGCAAAUACCGGGGCCACACUCGCCUUGUCUUGAAGCCCGGUAGCACCGAGCAGACUAGCAAAGUGCUGAAAUACUGCAAUGACCGUAAAUUGGCCGUUGUACCUCAGGGUGGAAACACUGGUCUGGUUGGUGGUUCCGUGCCCGUCUUUGACGAGAUUGUGAUCAACACCUCGCGGAUGAACCAGAUUCGCUCCUUUGAUGAGGCUUCCGGAGUUCUGGUCGCUGAUGCCGGUGUCAUUCUCGAGACCGCUGACCAGUACCUGGCCGAACGCAACCACUUGUUCCCGCUCGACCUGGGUGCCAAGGGUUCUUGCCACAUUGGAGGCAAUGUUGCUACCAACGCUGGUGGUUUGCGAUUACUGCGUUACGGCAGCUUGCACGGAACUGUGCUGGGUCUCGAGGCAGUCCUGCCGGACGGGACCAUCGUUGAUGCGCUUUCCACUCUGCGGAAGAACAACACUGGAUACGAUCUUAAGCAACUCUUUAUUGGCUCCGAAGGCACCAUCGGUAUUGUGACCGCUGUCUCUAUCAUCUGCCCACCGCGCCCCAAGGCUGUGAACGUUGCCUACUUUGGCCUGGAGAGCUUUGAGCAGGUGCAGCAGGCUUACCUCGCCGCUAAGGGCCAGCUGUCCGAAAUUCUGUCUGCAUUCGAGCUUAUGGACGGUCGCAGUCAGGGCUUGGUCAUCGAGUCUACUGGUAACAAGCACCCGCUUGAGGGCGAGUACCCCUUCUACUGCUUGAUUGAGACUAGCGGCUCCAAUGCUGAGCACGACAUGGCCAAGCUGGAAACAUUCCUGGAGAAUGUCAUGGGUGAUGGCAUUGUCGCUGAUGGUGUGCUUGCUCAGGAUGAGACUCAGUUCCAGGCUCUGUGGCGCUGGCGCGAGGGCAUUACUGAGGCUCUGAGCCACUUGGGCGGAACCUACAAGUACGAUGUGUCCAUUCCUCUGUCUGAUCUGUACCUGCUGGUUGAGGACUGCAAGGCCCGUCUGACCGAGAUGGGCUUUGUUGGUGACGAUGACUCCUUCCCCGUGCGUGCUGUCGUUGGUUACGGUCACAUGGGUGACUCCAACCUACACCUGAAUGUGUCUGUGCGUCAGUACAACAAGGAGGUUGAGAAGGCUAUUGAGCCCUGGGUGUACGAGUGGAUUCAAAAGCGCAAUGGCAGUAUCAGUGCUGAGCACGGUCUGGGUGUUGCCAAGAAAGAGUUCAUCGGAUACAGCCAGAACGAUACCAUGGUGAAGUUGAUGAAGCAGCUUAAGGCUGUGUAUGAUCCUAAUGGUAUCAUGAACCCCUACAAGUACAUCUAA